UAUGCAUUGUGGGUAAUUUAAGUUCCGCGAUAUCUUGAUGUGACGUCAUUAACAAUCGACGGCAGGGUUGUUUUUGAACGGGAUGUUUCUGUUUUUAUAAAUAGUAUUUUUCAACAAUGAAUUUGAAGUGGGUUUGUUCACAUUCCUGAAUACUAUGGCAAGCCAAAGAGCGCUACCUCAAAGCAAGGAGAGCCUUCUUCAGAACUACAACAAAAGACUGAAGGAUGAUAUUAGGUCCAUUCUAGACAACCUCACAGAAAUCAUCAAAACUGCAAAGGUAGAGGAUGAGACACAGGUCUCUCGGGCUACACAGGCUGAGCAGGACCAUUAUGAGAUGCAUGUCAGAGCAGCCAACAUAGUGCGUGCGGGCGAGUCCCUGAUGAAACUGGUGUCGGACUUGAAGCAGUUCUUGAUCCUCAACGACUUCCCGUCAGUCAAUGAGGCCAUCAGCCUGCAGAACCAGCAGCUGCGCUCGCUGCAGGAGGAGUGCGACAAGAAGCUCACCUCGCUCCGCGACGAGAUCGCCAUCGACCUGUACGAGCUAGAGGAAGAAUAUUACUCCUCCAGGUACAAGUAGGCUCAUACUGUACAGUCGUUGAUCAUUUGGCCUACUCCAUCAUGCCCUAUAGCCCCAACAUUAUAGCACCUAUACCCCUCACCGCCGUGCCUUAUGAAGGGUUGAUCUUACCCCACCACCUCAGUCAUAUCCAUUAGUUCGUUAUUGUCUUUGUAUGUUGAGUCAACUUCAUUAGAAUAUCUAAAUGCCCGGGUUCAAUAGAUGAUUGAUCUAUCUAUGGUCAAAAAUCAAUUGCAGUACAUUUAACGUGAGAAUCUCAUCUCAUUUAGUUUAAAAUUAAAUGAAGUGCCUUGUUUGACAUGCCUCUGGAAGUUUUUAUCCUCAUGUAUGAUAGAUUGUAGGUCUCUACAUGGUAAAUGUUACACUCAAUCAUAAGUGUGGAGUUUCUACUGUAUCUGGUUGCUAUAUUCUUCCUCAGUUCUUUGUAAUAGGCAAAUGGAAGUGAUGAAUAAGAGAACAUGCAUAGAGAGGAGGAAAGGGAAAUGUCAGAAAAAUACAUGUUAAAUGCUUUGUAGCAUAUUUCUUGGAUUCUUAUGAAGAACAAAAACUAUGAUACAAUCACAAAAUCACUGGAAGAUUAUUUAUAUUCAAUUGUUGUAGUUUUUCCUCCAUUAACAUGUCUUUAUAACCCCAAAUAUAAAUUAUGGAUGUAUAGGUAGAUUAACCAUUGUAUAAUCACACCAGCCAUUUGAAGCUUUCUAUGUUAUUCAUUUUCUAUAGAAUGUUUUUUGACUGGAAAGUGCUAGACAUGUCUCAAAUCCAAUCUCUAUGAGGGUUCCAUAAACUUGUUUGAACAGAAUCCAGUAUCUCUACCGAUUCCAUCCCUAGCUAGCCGACAAGUUACCAAGCCAGUAACCGUGCAAAUUGUGUUCACAAAGCACGAACAUCAACUAUGGCAUUAUGUAUUAAGUCUAUAUCAGUCACCUACAUAGACCCACCCUUAAACCCUUUUAAACUUUAAAAAAUAAACUAGACACAAAACAA